GAUAAUGCGGCUGCCCAGCCCGCAGGCACCGCCAGCGGGGCGCCCCCGCCGCCGCCAUGUCCCCCCCGGCCUCGGCGGCCGCCGCCAGCGAAGGAGGCAGCAGCACGCCGGUGCCUCCGGAGGAGGAGGCGGAGGGGGCCCGAGAGGAGCAGCGGCCGGUGAAGCAGUCUCUCAGCAAGUCCCUGUGCCGAGAGUCACACUGGAAAUGCCUGUUGCUGUCCCUCCUCAUGUAUGGCUGCAUGGGAGCCAUGACCUGGUGCCAUGUCACCAAGGUGACCCGGCUGACCUUUGACAGUGCUUACAAGGGCAAGUCCAUGAUGUACCACGACAGUCCCUGUUCCAACGGCUACGUCUACAUCCCCUUAGCCUUCCUGGUGAUGCUGUAUGUGGUGUACUUGGUGGAGUGCUGGCACUGCUACACCCGCAAUGAGCUGCAGUACAAAGUGGACGUGGAGAGCGUGCACGAGCGUGUGCAGCGGAUGCAACAAGCAACUCCCUGCAUCUGGUGGAAGGCCAUCAGCUACCACUAUGUCCGCAGGACCCGGCAGGUUACUCGCUACCGCAACGGGGAUGCCUACACCACCACACAAGUAUAUCAUGAGCGGGUCAACACCCACGUGGCAGAGGCUGAGUUUGAUUAUUCCAACUGUGGAGUUAAAGACAUCUCCAAGGACCUGAUUGACUUGGAGAGCUACCCAGCCACACGGCUCCGCUUCACCAAGUGUUUUAGCUUUGCCAAUGUGGAGUCAGAGAACUCUUACCUGACCCAGCGGGCCCGCUUCUUCACGGAGAACGAGGGCCUGGAUGACUACAUGGAGGCCAGGGAGGGGAUGCAUCUCAAAAACGUAGACUUCAAGGAAUACAUGGUGGCCUUUUCCGACCCAGACAACCUGCCUUGGUAUGUAUCUCACUAUGUCUUCUGGGUGGCAGCUCUGCUGACCCUAUCCUGGCCACUGCGGGUGCUAAAUGAAUACCGCACCUCCUAUGUCCAUUACCACGUGGAGAAACUCUUUGGGUUUGACUACGUGGCAGUGACGCCAGCGGAGGAGCGCACCUUCUGCCGGAGGAUGCCCCGCGUCAACACGGUGGACAGCACUGAGCUGGAGUGGCACAUCCGAUCUAACCAGCAGCUGGUGCCCAGCUACUCAGAAGCAGUCCUGAUGGACUUGGUGGGUAUGUCUGGCUGUACCAGCUACUCUGCUUGCCGGUACGGGGGCUAUCGGCAGAACUGUGAGCGGUGCCACAGGACUAUAAGCAGUUCUUCCAUCUUCUCCCGCAGUGCCCUGAGCAUUUGCAAUGGCAGCCCCAGGAUCCCGUUUAGCAGCAGCCGCUUCUCCCUGGGCCGCUUGUAUGGUUCUCGACGCAGCUGCCUCUGGCAGAGCCGAAGCGGGAGCCUAAACGAUCAGAGCUGCCCUACCGAGCAGACCCGCCUGUCCAGCCAGGUGACUGUGGAGGAGGAAGACCCCCCUCCUUACCAGGAUGCCCUCUACUUCCCCAUCCUCAUCGUGCACCGCAACGAAGGCUGCCUGAACCAUGACCACCGUCACCUCCACCGCAAUGGGUCCUGUGUGGAGACCUCACUGUGAAAGCAGAGGGCAGUGAGAUCUCAUUAUCUGUUGCUGGGCACAAGCCAGUGCAGGAUCUGGGGAGAGGAGCGCAGGGGAGGGAGAUGGCCCAAGAGGACAUCAGGAUGAAAGGAACAUGACAUUUUGCUCCAUCAGCCUGUGAAAGCUCCCUACACUGUGGCUCUGACCUCCCAGAGGGGUGAGUUGUGAUGCUCACCCUGACAUGGCACAGAACUCUAGACCAACCACCACAUGCAAAAAAAAUCCAAACCAACCCCAAAAACUUAAUUCAUGGCAUCAAGAUUCAAAAGGGGGAAUAAAAAGACAGGCCUGAUGCUGGGAUGGGGUUACUUUGGCUCCCAUCCCUGGCUCCAGACUGAUUUGUGCUCCAAGGAACCAGCAGCCACCAGAAAGUACCCUGCUGCACCUCUGCCCUCUCCACUGCCCACGCUGGUGAAAGACCCUUCACUGGGUGGAGGGGAAUGGGCCCCUUGGGAGCAGCAUGUAACUGUCUGUGCCUGAAGGUCUGGGGCAUCUAGACACGUGGGCUGAGCAGCAGGUUGGAGCAAAGGCUGAAAGUCACAAAUCCAGAUUUUUCCCUUCCUCUUGACUCUUCCCCACCCUCCCCACUUUUAGAACAUCCUCCGACUGUUACUCUGUUCUCACUGCUGGGAAUGGCACCACUUCCAGAGGAUCCCAGGCUCAGCUCCUUAGGAAGCUUCGGCACAUCAGCUCUGAGAAGUCAGCAUCCCUUAGCUGCUCCACCAAGAGAAGUGUUAUGACCAUGGAUGCGAUCUCAUCAACUCCCUCAAAAGCAAGCUAAUGAGAAAAUUGACCCCUGCCACACUGGGAGAGGAGCCUUCUCCCACAGGACCGUAACCUUUCUGCACAUGAGGGAAAAGAGGUCCCAAGGAUAGAACUGGACCUGCAAGAUCUGUGGCCUCAUGGCCUCUCCUGCCUCCUUCCCUCCUCACCUUGUUUCUCUGUCCUGGGGCAGUGACAGCUGCUUUGUGGCAUUCAGCAAGCUUCUCUUCCUGCAGCUCGUGAACAGGCUCUGCUAACAGGUACAUCAUCCAGCUAUGCAACACUUCCAGAAGCUGCCAAGUUUUCAGGAGCCUGCUGCAGUGUACAGCAUGGCCAUCCAGCACUGAGAAUAAGCACACAGUGGCUGCCGGGAAGCAAAGCGGCUUUUAUUCCCCCUGCUGAGGGAGACUGGUUUUGUUGGGGCUUCUUGUUCAUCUGUUUGGUUUAUGUAAACUUCAUUUGGGGAAAUGAAGCUUGUGAGAAAUUGGUGCCCAUCUUGACCCUUCCCCAGUCCUUUGAACUUUGGGAAUGGGUGGAUCACCUACCGUGAUUAUAAUUUAGCAGACCUUGUAGAGCAAAGUAACUUCGCACACAGCCACAUGAGGUUCUUUCAGUCUCCAUCAGCACAAUCUGCUUCUGCAGUCUUAGCUACUCACAUUAGUGAAAGAAAAAACCUAGCUAGAAUGUGGUGAGAUGACUUAGUAUUUUAUAUCAGUCCCAUGGUCCCAGCGUCCAUUAGCAGCACCAUCAGCUGCUGUGCUGCGAGUUCAGACUUUGGAUAGCAGCCCAUGAACUGGUCAGAGUGAAAAUGUCUGGGAAGAGCCAGGCCCGAGUCUAUAUGCAACUCCAAGAGCAGAUGCAGGAGAGGAUCAGCUGAAAGCAGACAUCACCUCCCACUGAGCCCAGCCAGGAGCUGGUGGGCUGUUUGUGCAGCACCUGUUCCCCUAGGGAGAGCCUGCCCUCAGAGACUCAGCAGAGGCAAAUGCAAGUAACGAUGUGUCUGAUGAAGCAGCAGCACGCACAGCACCACUUGAGCUGUCUGCAGAAAAAGCAGUGCCAGCCCCAAAAUAGCAGAAUUUCACUUUGAAAAUGCCAAUGGCUUUUUUAAACUGAAACGAGACUGAAAGGCCUUCACAGUUGUGAGAAGUGUUUCAGGUUGCUGUUCCUUGCUUUAAGAAAUGAAUUUUUUAUGAUGAGGUGGGUUUAAACACCCCAGCCAGCUGCAUCAGAAUGUGCAGGCGCUGCUGGAGAAGAAAUGCUUCAGGAAGGUAGGGAUGGAAAGAGGGUUGGCUGAUCAGGAGUGGAGACUGGAGUUUAGAGUCCUCCUCUGCCCCUGGAGAUGUGAUCUGGCUGUCCACCCAAGCGUGUGUGCAGGACAGCAUGGGCUUCUGUGUCUUUGUGUGCAUGGCAGGGGCCCACAGCCCUGCAGUGGGUUGGUGUAUCUGUGGCUUUGGUUCAUUGUCACCCAUCUGUCCUUGCAGAAAGGGCUUUGCAGAGUGACAGUGCUGUUUGUUCCUUGUGAGAGGAAACUCCUGACCUGAUUUUUAUGAGGAGACAGUGUGAAGUGUCACAUUUGCUGCAGCAAGUGGCGGGGAGCAAGGAUAAAAGCAAGGAGCAAGCUGUGUCUGAGAACAAGCCUGAAAGAUGAGAGCUGCUGGAUCUGCUCCCUGGCCAACACAUUCCAGCUCUUUUUACCCUCUCCAAACCUGACGUGCAAACUGUCCUUCCUCAGAGCUAGCCAAAGCAUCCUUCCCCUGAACUCCUUUGAGGUCACACAUUCGCAUCAUUCCAGUCCUCUCCCCGCUAGGUGCCAUGGACCAGCCACAGAAUGCCAGUGGGCAUGUGCUGGCAGGCAGACUUCCCCAUAACCUGCCGGUUUGCCUGAGCACAGCCUUCCAACGACUUUUCACUUCCCUCACAUGCCUCAUGCUUGCCUGGUGGAGACAGCACAGCCUGCAGAGCAUUGCAGCACAUCCUGGCCUCAAUUUUGCAUCACUUUGUUCUCUCCCAGAGAAUUUCACGGCACUUCUCGGAACCUUUGCAGACCAAAGCCAGAAAACAGAAGGCCUUGACAUGGUGGUCCUGAUCUCCAGAGCCUGUGGAGAAGCUCACCUGCUUCUCCUCCCCAGGCACAGCAGGUGGGCUACUGUGGUGGUGCAGGACCAGGGAAUGGUGUCACAGUGAAAGUAGGCAUGUCUGCUCAGGGAGUCUCCAGACAUGGCCUCUGUGCUUCUCUGCUGGGACCAAGGGCAACUUUGCUGUGGGCUAAACAAGGUGCAGCUGAUGGAGGAGCAGCCCGAGGAGGGCAGAAGAGCUUGUGAAUGUUUAGCAAGGUGUGUGGAGAGGAGGGGCUGUAGGAGAACAACUGUGAAAGGCUUUGCAGAUGAGGUGGAUUUUACAGGAGGUGCAAGACAAGGCAGCAGGAGGCUGCUGUGCUGGGAGCAGUGGUGCUGCAAGACAGGGAGGGUGGAGGGGGAGCAGAGGACACAGGACAUUUGAUGACGAAGCCUGGAAACAAAGUGGGCUUUCAGAGCAGGCUGUGCACAUUCUGUCUGAGGAGGCAAGCAGGAGGUAUUUCCAAGCUGAGGUGCCCAUGCCAAGGCUCACUGCGUGCUCAGAGCAGCGAUGCUGCCUGCAAGGCCAGCAGGGACAGCUUGAGCACGUGUCACCAAACCGCAGUGGCUAAUGCAGCCACGAGGUGUAAAUGUCACUAAUGAAUAAAUUGCCUUGUGCCUUGGAGAGGCCAAUCCAUCACAGCUGGGGACAGGGAUCUGACAGGCUUGGCUAUUUCAGGCAUGGCCUGUAGGGAGGAGGAACGCUUCAUUUCUGAGCUGUCCCCCCCACCUAGGGAAGCUGAUGUAGGGCUUGGCUCUGUGCUCCUGCCCGGCUUCCCAGUCUCCUGAGCUCAGGCUUCAUCCCUCUUCACCGGCCAAAAGAGAAAGCAGGAGAAGUUCUAGCUUAGCCAGAACUGCCCUGUCAGCAUGGCAGUGCAUGGGCCCUGCCUGGGAGUAGGCGGUGAAGGAGUCCGAGGAGAGACUGCUGCACACAGGGUACGUGUGGUGCAGAUGCUGCCAGGAUGAAGCAGUGUGUGCCCAGCAAUCAGAAGAGCUCGCAUCAUUGUCUUGGGCACACAGCCAUGGCCUGCCAGUGCUUGGCACUGCAUUUUAAAAACGUGCCCUUUAGUCCUUCAUUCACAUCACAGUUUGCCCCUCUAAGAGACAACCUGGAAAUGCUCCAAACCUGCCCCAGCUCAAGUGCUCACCCAGUUUGGAGACCUUUCCUGUGCUGUCCCAGAGGCAGCGCACACAUCUCCCCAUCACUGGCCCUGCUGCUGUUGAACCCCAGCCACUAGCCUCUCAGCUGGCUGUGCAGAGGGUCGGCAGGUACCCACCAGGCAGGGACAGAAGCUUAGCGUGGACAAACUCAGGUCCGUGGGAGCAAAGAGAGGCAGAAUGCAGCAGGCAUUUCCAAGCACAGCCUCUGCCCAUGCUCCCAGCAGCCUGCUCCUCCACCCCCAGCUGGUGCUUGAAAUCAGCCUGCCAUCCUGUUUACGACAUACUGCCAGCAGGACACCUUGCAAGUCGAUUCCUGGGUUGCUGUCAGCUAAAGUCAGCAGGCCUGUGAAGCUGGCCACCGGCUGCUGCCACCACGCAUGCUGUGCUCAGAGCAGCAGCAGCAGCAGGGCUUGCCAUCUGCUGCCGGAGGGAGCCAGCCAGGCGCCCCUGCUCUGGCCCAGUGGGGCACCUGCUGGCAUAGUCCGAGUGCAAUCCCCUCUGUCAUCCCCCUUCCUUCAUUUCCCAGCCACCUCCUUCUCCCCUUGUCUCUCUAGCACAGACCCACAGGUAAGGGGAUGCUCUCAGCUUGGAUGCGAUCUCUCAGCUGCUGAGUGCCGCUUGUGCCGUGUUGGUGGAUGGCAGUGAAGAGGGCAGCCCAGCUUCUGGGCAAGGUGCCAGUGAUCAUUCCCUCUCCCCGACAGAGGUCCACAGUUGACCCCUUUCCUUAAAGCCCUGCAGUACUCGUUCAGGAUGGCUCUUGUGGGAACACUGAGGGCCCUGCACGGGCAUGUGCCCUUCCCAGCACGGAGUGGCCUGCUGCUUACUGCUCUGCAAGGCAGUUCCACAGCAUGGUAGCCAGAGCUGAACCUGAGAAGUGACCCACAAACGACGGGCCUGUUCACACGCCAGCAGUCAGCUAUUGCAGUCAGAGCGUUCAUUUCCGUCUCUCUGUAUGGUGUUUGAAAUGGUUGCAGCCCUUGCAGAUAGCAGUCUCUUGGUCCUGGGUGUGAGUAGUAUGGACUGCUUGGACUGGGCCUUGGUCUUUGUCCAAAAGACUGAUGUGAGGGAAGGCAAAGGAUUUUCCAGGCAGCAGUGACCUGUCCAUGUAUUUCUGCAUAUGGCUGCCCAGGGCUGGGUUUGGAGGGUGCUCAGGUGUUGUCAGCAGUCUCGUCCAUUUGCAGGAAGAGGAGACAUGAGUAUCCUAGAAAGCAAGUCAGCAGUUGUUCUGGUGAUGAUCGUUUUCCCAAGUUCUUUUCUGUUCCUCACUGGCUCUGGUGGCCAAUUCUUCCUCAUGUGUCCGCCAGCAUGUCUGAGGGAUCUCAUCACUGCCCUCCCAGCAUGGGCUUUCAUUGGACAGCUGGCUGACCAGAUGCAGCCCUGUAAUUACAGGUAGGCUUGCCUAGGACCAGGCCACACCCAUUAAGCCCCCACUCCAACUUUGCUGCUGGAGCUGUUUCUUCAUCAGCCUGCUGCUGAUCUGGGUCUUUUCUGCCGUUUCUGAACACAAGUUCUCAUCUCAUUCAUGUGUGUCAUCCAGUGGAAAUAUUUUGUCAAUGCAAAUAAAAAGAAGCAAAUCUUUUCAAUACCUCGGUCUCGAGGGUGGGAAACAAGUAGUGGGAGAUGCCUGGGUCAGGAGUCUCACAGCUGCUGCUGCUUAGGACUUCUUGCCCCUGGAGCAUCUGUGAGUGGCUGGGGAAGGGAGCUACAAAGACCUUUGAGGGCUUGGGGCCAAGGCCUGUUGGCACCCCUCGCACAGCUACUGCUGCUGGGGACAGCCUCGCGCUCCGUCCUUCGCGGCAUAUAAGGGCGUGACACAGUGCAGGUGAGAGUCUGGUUGGCCAGGGGCACCGUGGACACCUGUGUCCAUCAGGCAGAGCAAGGCAGCAGCGGGUCCAUGGCAAACAAUUUCUUCUGUGAACACUGGGAACCGGUUUUUACUUUUCAACUGUCAGUAUGAUCUAGCUCUGUCUGUCUCUCUAUGUACAAACAGUAUAUCACAAUGUUGCCUUUUUUGUUGGAAAUAUCAAAGUACAAAGAUUGUAAACCAAAUCGGUGUAAUAAAAGUUUCAGAUGAUUCACUGA